ACUACUUAUAGUAUACUAUUAUACUUAUAGUAUACUAUACUAUAUACUAUACGAUAGUAUACUAUACUAUACAUAAUGCAUCUGGUCGGCCUCCGAGGCUGGUUCACCAUCCAGUCCUUCCUCUUUGUCUUCUUCGAUGCCUUCCUGCCCGGCACCGUCGUCAACUCGUACAACAACCAGGGCCCCCUGUGGCAGAUGGACCUGCGCAAGUCGCUGGGCGUGCUGUUCUGGAACGGCCCGUUGAUCUACUCGGCCUUUAUCCUGCUGUCCGCCCGCAGCAUCGCCAUCCCCUUCCUGCGCGACCCCUCCAAGGCCAACCUCACCGGCGCCAUCUUCCGCCGCGGCCUGCGCCUCUUCUUCCCGGCCCUCGUCGGCCUCGGCCUCGCCAAGCUGAUCCUCGCCCAGACCGACGGCUACGCCUGGAUCCAGUACUUCCUCGACCUCACCGGCAACGAGUCGGCCUCCGUGCCCUACGACAUCCCCAACGCCCUCGUCUACUUCAACGCCGUCUUCAAUCUCUUCUGGAUCACCCGCACCUUUGCCACCUCCGCCGCCAGCCUGGCCUUCCCCUCGCAUCUGCUCUGGAUCCUCACCGUCCUCUACACCCAGAGCUUCACCGUCUACAUGACCAUGAUCGUCGCCCCCUACACCCGCCCGGCCUGGCGCCUCAAGGCCGCCCUCUUCUUCGUCCUCUCCGCCUGGUGGAUGCAGUCCUGGGCCUGGUACUCCAUCUCCGGCCUCCUCCUGGCCGACAUGGUCGUCAACAUGGACUUCCAGCAAAAGGCCGCCCGCGGCAUCCCCCUGCCCUUCAAAAAGGGCCUCUUCCUCCCCUCCUGGACCGUCUAUCUCCUUCUCAUGCUCGGCGGCGUGCUGAUGCAGUUCCUCUGGACCGGCUGGAACCCCCAGCUCUACGACUCCGAGAUCGUCGCCCACGCCGGCCUGUACUACUCGGGCGGCCUCAACACCGACUACGACUCCUCCCAGCCCCAGGCCCGAGACGACAUCUAUCUCAUCCUCCUGGGCUUCCUGCUCGCCGUCGACACCUACCCCUGGCUGCAGCGCCUCUUUGCCAACCCGGUCUUUGUCUAUCUGGGUUCGAGAUCUUUGUCGUGGCUCUUUGCCCAAGGAAUCGUCGUCUACACGGCCGGCAUGCGCCUGUUCAUCCAUCUCAACGUCGACCGGCAGUGGCCAUCGCAAGUCUCGGUCUUUGUCUCCUUUCUCGUCUCCCUGCUCACCGUCAUCGCCUUUGCCGAGCUCUUCUACCGGCUCGUCGACCAUCCCUCGCGGGCGUUUUCGCACAUUGUCUUUGACUGGAUCCGGGAAUAGAUUAUACAUAUACAU